UUGCUGGCCUAGCUGUUGUCUGCUACCUAAGCUGCGGAGCAGGAGAUGGCCGUGGACCCAACCUCCAGCAGGACUGCAGGGAACAUCUCGACACAACUCCAUGUUGCAGCCAGGGUUUGCGUCCUCAGCUCCUCUUGGAUGUGAUGGCUGCCAUAGCUCUUUCCUGGCGUCUGGCCCUCUACAUCUUCCUCCUGCUCCUGGCUACACCUUGGGCGUCUGCAGCAGUGAAAGACUGUUCCCAUCUUGAGUGCUUUUAUAACUCAAGAGCCAACGUCUCCUGCAUGUGGAGCCACGAAGAGGCCCUGAAUGUCACAUCCUGCCACAUCCAUGCCAAGUCGGACCUGCGACACUGGAACAAAACCUGUGAGCUCACUCUCGUGAGGCAGACAUCCUGGGCCUGCAACCUGAUUCUCGGGCAGCUCCCAGACUCCCAGUCACUGACCUCCGUGGACCUCCUGGACAUAAGUGUGGUGUGCUGGGAAGAGAAGGGUUGGCGCAGGGUGAAGACCUGCAACUUCCGUCCCUUUGACAACCUUCGCCUGGUGGCCCCUCAUUCCCUCCAAGUCCUGCACAUUGAAACCCAGAGAUGCAACAUAAGCUGGAAGGUCUCCCAGGUCUCUCACUACAUUGAAUCAUACUUGGAAUUUGAGGCCCGUAGACGUCUUCUGGGCCAUAGCUGGGAGGAUGCAUCUGUAUUAAGCCUCAAGCAGAGGCAGCAGUGGCUCUUCUUGGAGAUGCUUAUCCCUAGCACCUCCUAUGAGGUCCAGGUGAGGGUCAUAGCUCAACGAGGCAAAACCAGGACGUGGAGUCCCUGGAGCCAGCCCCUGAUCUUUCGGACAAGACCGGCAGAUCCCACGAAGGAGAUUCUCCCCGUGUCAUGGCUCAGAUACAUUCUGCUGGUCCUCGGUUGUUUCGCUGGCUUCGUCUCCUGCGUCUACAUUUUGGUCAAGUGCCGGUACCUUGGGCCAUGGCUGAAGACAGUUCUCAAGUGCGACAUCCCAGAUCCUUCUGCGUUCUUCUCCCAGCUGAGCUCCCAGCAUGGGGGAGACCUUCAGAAAUGGCUCUCCUCGCCUGUCCCCUCGUCCUUCUUCAGCCCCAGCGGCCCUGCCCCUGAGAUCUCCCCCCUGGAAGUGCUUGACAGAGACUCCAAGGCUAUGCAGCUGCUCCUGUUACAGAAGGACCCCGCCCCUUCGCCCUCGCCCAGUGGCCACUCACAGGCCAGCUGCUUCACCAACCAGGGCUACUUCUUCUUCCAUCUGCCCAACGCCUUGGAGAUUGAAUCCUGCCAGGUGUACUUCACCUAUGACCCCUGCGUGGAAGAGGAUGUGGAGGAGGAUGGGCCAAGGCUGCCUGAGGGAUCUCCCCACCCGCCUCUGCUGCCUCUGGCUGGAGAACAGGAUGACUACUGUGCCUUCCCUCCCAGGGAUGACCUGCUGCUCUUCUCCCUGAGCCUCAGCACCCCCAACACUGCCUACGGGGGCAGCAUAGCCCCUGAAGAAAGGCCCCUGCUCUCUCUGCAUGAGGGACUUCCCUCCCUAACAUCCCCUGACCUGAUGGGCUUACAGCGCCCUCUGGGGCAGAUGCUGGGCGGUGAUGGAGAAGGGCUGUCUGCCGAUAGCUCUGAGGAACAGGCCAGUGUCCCGGAAGGCAGCCUUCAGGGGCAAGAUCAGGACAGAGGCCAGGGCCCCGUCCUGACUCUGAACACUGAUGCCUAUCUGUCUCUUCAAGAACUACAGGCCCAAGAUUCAGUCCACCUAAUAUAGAUAGGCGGCCAGGACUGGGAUCCAGCUGCUUGGGUUAGGUCAGGCUUGAGGAAGACAGUCCACUGCUGAGGACUGUCCUGGCUAUGCCAGCCCCCAAACUUAGUCAUCCACUUCUGAGCUCCACUUGCUACUUCCUGGUCUAGCCAGGGUUUGGUGGGGGGUGAGGGGGGGGAGCGGUGGUCACCUCUACCGCCCUAUUUAGUCAUGAGGUCAUCAGCUUCCUGUACCUGCCUCACUCGCUCCUGCUUACCUUCACAGGGCAGCUAGGACUUGCUUCCCCCAAUACAAACACAACCUUGCUCCUUGUCUACUCCUGAACUUGCUGGGGCCCCUUACUUCCCUCUGCCCCAUUUCCUGUCUCCACUCUUGCCCCGCCAGCACAGGCUGUGGAACAGCCGUCCUCAGGUUGUGAUGUGGCUGUGUACACUGUCUUAAUCAGAGCAGCUUUGACAACCCAAACGAAGAGGUCCUGAUAAGACUGAAUGCAGCCUGUGGACUGUGGAGGGUCCCUCACAGAAGGAGGGGUUGGGAAGGGUCAUCGGGUCAUCACCUGAGAUUGUAGCCACUCUCCUGUACCCCAUCCUCAGCUCUUCUGCUCCUGGAGCAUGCGUUAUUUUAUGUGUUCUUGGGAGAUGCUGGUCUAUGUAGGGGGGGCGGGGCUGGUCUAUGUAGGGGGGUGGGGCUGAUUGAAGUGAGGGCUCCUAUGUUGCUUUGGGGACCUUGUCGUCUACUCUGGGGUGGGGUUUUCUGUGAAGCAACUCCUUUGGAGUUACCUAGACCCCUGUCAGCAAGACUAAGAGACUCAAAGGAUCACCAAGCUGGACUUGAGUGCUCUUGUGCCUUUGAUGCAAUAUCUGGGGAAAGUACUUUUUUUGUUAAUGUAUCCUUGAAGCUAAGAAAAGCUUACACCACAA